CGCAGGCACAGCUAGUAAUAAAUAAUCUCAUUUAUUUAACUUGUUGUAAGUAAAUAACGACAAAAUAUCGAGUAUAAUCAAUAAUUAUCCAUGAAAUUGAAUUAUUAAAUACAAGACUUCAUACGUACGCGAGUUUAAUAAUACUAGUAUGGUAGUAUAUCAAAAAAAUGUUAGAGAACAAUUCGCACAAUAAGCAAUAAAAUUAUAUCGCCAGCAACUUUCAUACUUUUUGUGAUAAAAAUAUGACGUUUCAACUUGAAAGGGUUAUUAAAUGAAAAGAAUGAGGCCGUGGAUUGUUUUGCUCGUAAUUAGUGGGGAAUAAAGUAAAAAUCCAAUUUCUAAAGAAUGUAGUGUAAAGUCAUACAAAAUGAAAUACCAAAAGAUGUAUCGAAUCGGCGCGGAAUUCCGCAAAACGUUAUUGAAAAGCGAUAAACGCGCUGACGUUGUAGUAUCUCUAAUACCAAAUGAGACGAAAAUAGAUGCAGCCGAGAAUGACCUAAGAGGAGUCGAAACUAGAAGAAGAAGAAGAAGAAAGAAGUCAGAUAAAACAAAAUCAACAUCUUCCGAAGGAGACAAAUUAAGAAGUAGUUCCGGAGGGGAUGGGGAGAGCUUGGCACUGUCAUCGGAUGACACCACGUCACAUUCGAGCUCGUCGGACGAGAGAACAAAACCUAAGUCUUCUGCGGAAAGGACAGGCUGGAGAAAAUGGCACAGAAAAUGCCAAGCGUGUCCAGAAGAUAUGGCAAAGAAAUGGCGCGACCCAUCCAUUAACUGGAUUUGUGGAGCUUACCAGCGAGCCAGGAGGUCUUUCAAGAGCCUUUGCAUGAUGCAUUACAGGAACUGUCAGGAUGGAACCAUGUUUGUAAAAAUCCACGACCAUAGAUGUGCGAAUGACACUCCGAGAGAUCCAAGGCCUCACGGCAUACACUUCUUUUACGACUACAAGGCUCGCCUAAGUGGUGAUUCUACAGGAAGCUCUACUGAGGAGUCUUCAGGGACGGAUGACAGCUCCGACAGCAUGUAGACUUGCUUCAAAGGAGUCUCUCUCAAGUGCGCCCCAUACACAUGAAAGAUUCCUUUUCGAAAAUCAACCAAACUCCUAAUCUUUAAAAAUACCUAUAGAAGGAAUAGGUGACUGACUGAUCUAUUAAGGCACAGCUCAAACUAGUGG